AAACCAAGAAGACGUGAAGGAUCUUUAAAGAACAUAGAAGAAGAAGAGCUUUGGAACACAAAAUCACAGAGUCCAAAACACAACAACAAAAAAAUGUAUCUCGCCGCUGUUGCUUCCUCACGACAGAGCUUUUCAUCGGAUACGUUCGGUUUCCGACACAGUUUCAAACCUAGAUCCAAUAUUAAUCUCACUCGUCCCAACUCAAUCUGUUGUAAGUCUCCACACCACGACGAAGACGAAACUGGUUCUUCCCGGAAAAAUGAGAAUCAGCUGGCGAAAUUGGCAAUCGCGACGCUAGCGGUUGGCGUUUUGGCUUUGGGAAACGUAGGGGAUGCGUUUGCGGCCAAGAGUGGUGGAAGAGUCGGCGGUCAGGCGUUUCGGUCUUCAGCUCCUCGCCCUCCUCCUAGAAUUAACAACCGAUCAAGGACAAACAUCUACGUGAAUCCUCAGGUUGCACCACCUUUGGUCGGUGGCUAUGGAUAUGGUUACGGCGGUUACGGAUGGUCACCGUUUUCCUUUUUUGCCCCUGGUCCUGCGGUAGCAGUUGGUGCUGGUGGUGGCGGCUUCGACCUCCUACUUCUCUUCAUGUUUUUUGGAGCCGCUUCAGCCGUGGCUAGAAACUUUUUCCGAUCAAGAAAUGAUGAAGAUGACGGAGAUGACUAUUAGGGGAGCGAAAAAACAAAUUAAAAGAGAGAGGGUUAUGUAAUAUGCUGAAAUAACAUAGUGAAAUAUACGAUUUUGUGUAUAAAAACUUAUGAUGGACGAAGACGGUUUAUAAAGUUUUAGAUUAGUAAUUAAUUUAGACGACCAA